AUGUCAAAUCCACGGACAUGCCUAUUGCGCGACACGUUAUUCGAUCGGUGUACGGAAAACUAUGAAUUUCUCUUCAAUUUCUUCUUCUUGUUAACGGAGAUCAUGAUUUCUGGGUUGCCGAGAGAGCUUGUUUUUCUGAUACUUCAGUUCUUAGAUGAAGAGAAUUUCAAGGAAACACGACACAGGUUGGAAUCGGAGUCUGGAUUAUUCUGUAAUAUCAAGUAUGUUGAAGAGCUUGUUACUAAAGGAGAUUGGGAUGAGUUGGAGAAGUAUUUGUCUCCUUUCGUACAAGUUGAUGAUAAUCGUUUUUCAGUGAAGAUCUUAUUUGAGAUUCGUAAACAGAAAUACUUAGAAGCUCUAGACACAAAGGAUCGUGCUAAGGCUGUGGACAUUCUAAACAAAGACCUGAAAGUUUUCAAAACCUUCAAUGAAGAUCUGUUCAAGGAUAUGACACUUCUUCUCACUAUGGGGAAUUUUAGGGAGAAUCAACAGCUUUCUAAGUACACAGAUACGAAAACAGCAAGGGCUGUAUUGGUUCAUGAGCUCAAGAAGCUGAUUGAAACAAACCCACAUUUGAAAGAUAAGUGUCAAUUUCCUGAUUUCAAGAACUCAAGGUUGCGUUUAUUAGUCAAUCAGAGCCUAAACUGGCAACAUCAGCUUUGCAAGAACCCUAAAUCCAAUCCUGAUAUCAAAACUCUCUUUGUUGAUCAUGUUUGUGGACAACAAACAAAUGUUGCUCAAGCUUCAUCUCACGUGACCAAUGAGACUGUGAAUUCCUUGCUUAGAACAAGUGGUUUUCAAACGCCAUUAAAAUUAGAAGCAGCAGUCAACACAUCAUCUUUGACUCACCAACCUGUUUCUUCAAGGGCUCUUCUUCUUGCUGCUAACACUUCAGAUUCUGAGCAUACCUUGAGGAGAGCAAGGCCUUUUGGGAUAUCAGAGGAGAACAAUAAUCUUGCCACAUCAUCAGGCACACGUCCUGGUCAAACCCAUGUGUACGGCUUACGUCAUCAUGAUGACUUACCCAAGACUGUAAUUUUAACUAUAAAUCAAGGUUCAGAUGUGAACACCAUGGAUUUUCACCCCGAGUACCCCACUGUGCUUCUAGUCGGAACAAAAACGGGUGAUAUUUCCAUUUGGGAGGCUUCUUUGACCAAUGAUCCAGUCAUAGUCAACCGUGUUACAUGGAGUCCAGAUGGCCUUUUUUUGGGUGUCGCGUACUCCAAGCACAUUGUACACGUGUACUCAUAUCGUGCUGGUGAUGAGUUACGAGAUCACCUUGAGAUAGAGGCUCAUAUUGGCAAUGUUAAUGAUAUUGUGUUCACCAUUCGAAACCAGAAGUUAUCCUUUAUAACUUGUGGAGAUGAUAAGAAGAUUAAGGUGUGGGAUGCUGCAACAGGUGCCAACGAACACACCUUUGAAGGUCAUGAUGCACCCGUCUAUUCUGUCUGCCCACAUCGUAAGGGACACAUUCAGUUUAUCUUUUCAACAUCUAUUGAUGGAAAGAUCAAGGCAUGGUUAUAUGAUGACAUGGGUGCAAUGCUAGAUUAUGAUGCACCAGGUUACACUUGUACAAGAAUGGCAUAUAGCAAAGAUGGGUUGAGGCUUUUCACAUGUGGUUUUAGCAAAGACAGGGAAUCAUACCUUGUUGAAUGGAACGACAGUGAAGGUAUUGUGAAACGAACAUAUUAUGGUCUCGGGAAACAAUUUGCAGGUGUUGUGCAAUUUGACACAACCAAGAAAUUAUUAGCAGCUGGAGAUGAAUUUUCUAUUAAAUUCUGGGACAUGGAUAAUAAACAUCUUUUGACUUCUACAAAUGCAGAGGGUGGAUUACCGGCGUCACCGUGUAUUCGGUUCAACAAAGGUGGGAUACUUUUGGCUGUAUCAACUUCUGACAAGGGUAUAAAAAUACUUGGGAAUACAGAAGGUGUUCGGAUUAUAAGAUCCAAUGAUGAUCGCCGGAAAAUGCCAGAUGUCAGAUCUAGAAACCCUGAUGAUAUGGAAGUUUCCGGUGUUUGGAGGCCAAAAGAAAUCACUGAACCUUCACAACUUCGUUCCAUAAGGCUUCCUGAUAAUAUGUUAUCAGUUCGAAUUUUAAAGCUUAUGUAUGCAAACUGUGGGACUUCCAUACUUGCACUUGCUUAUAACGCUGUACACAAACUAUGGAAAUGGGAAAGGACCAACCAAAACAUAGCAGGAAAUGCAACCACUAGUGCUCUACCACAUCUAUGGCAACCUUCUAGUGGAAUUCUAAUGACAAAUGAUAUUAGAGAUGCAAAUCUUGAUGAUACGAUUUCUUGUCUUGCUCUUUCAAAGAAUAGCUCAUAUGUUUUAUCAGCAUCAGGUGGAAGAGUAUCCUUGUUUAAUCUCGCAACAUUUAAGACUAUGACAAGGUUCGGGCGCCCACCACCAUCAGCAACAUGUAUUGUUUUUAAUCCACAUGACAACAACAUUAUCGCCAUUGGAAUGUCGGAUGCUUCAAUUCACAUCUACAAUGUUCGUGUUGACAAGCUCUUGGAAAAGCUAACAGGUCACGAGAAUAGUGUAACUGGGCUUGCAUUCUCUAUGGAUAAAAACAUUCUAGUCUCAUCAGGAUCUGAUGCUCAAAUAUGCGUUUGGGAAACCGAUACUUGGGAGAGACAUACACACAAAUUAUUACAAACUCCUCCUGGAAGAACAACAAAUCCCAAUUCAGAAACCCGAGUACAGUUUAACCCUGAUCAGACACGUGUCCUGGUUAUUCACGAAACACAAAUCGUCAUUUCUGAUCCAUUCAAACUCGACUUUUUGAUGCAGUGGAUUCCGCGACAUGGAAGUGGAGCAAUUACGGAUGCGGUGUAUUCAUGUGAUGGGAAAUCGAUAUAUGUUACCAUUGAUGAUGGGAGUGUUAAUGUUCUGAAUGCAAAGUACUUGAGGCUGAAAUGUCGGAUUAGCCCUUCAUCAUAUAUCCCAACUACCUCAAGGGUGUGUCCACAUGCGAUUGCUGCUCACCCAUUUGACCCGAAUCAAGUUGCAUUGGGGCUUUCAGAUGGCGGAGUUUAUGUUAUUGAGCCUCUAGAGUCAGAUAAAAAGUGGGGGAGUGACCCGGAUGUCAGUUUGGGAUUAGGGAGUUCAUGA